AUGGCGGGGACGUCGAGACACGACAGAGAAAUGGCGAUGAACGCUAAGCGGCAGCUGUCACAGUCUGCCGACCCGGUGGAGAGACUCAGACUGCAGUGUUUGACCAGAGGAUCAUCUGGGAUCAAAGGUCUGGGCAGAGUUUUCAAAAUAAUGGACGAUGACAGGAACCGCUCCCUGGACCUGAAGGAGUUCCUGAAGGGUUUGAACGACUACGGCAUCAUGAUGGACAAACAGGAAGCUCUCACUCUGUUUCAGCACUUCGACCGAGACGGCAGCGGAUCCAUCGACUUCGACGAGUUCCUCAUCACUCUGAGGCCAGCCAUGUCCAAGGCAAGGAAGGAGGUGGUGAUGCAGGCGUUCAGAAAGCUGGAUAAGACCGGCGACGGAGUGAUCACCAUCGAGGACCUGCAGGGGGUUUACAACGCCAAGUACCACCCCAAGUACCAGAACGGGGAGUGGAGCGAGGAUCAGGUCUUCAGGAAGUUCCUGGACAGCUUUGACUCUCCGUAUGACAAAGACGGAAAGGUGACCCAGGACGAGUUUAUGAAUUAUUACGCUGGUGUGAGUGCGUCCAUCGAUACAGACGUCUACUUUAUAGUGAUGAUGAGAAACGCCUGGAAGCUGUGA